UCUCUCUCUCUCUCUCUCUCUCUCUCUGCACAAGCCUAAUGGCCAUGGGAGACACACUGAACAGAGACCAGAUAGUCGAGUUCCAAGAGGCCUUUAGCCUAUUUGACAAAGAUGGAGAUGGUUGCAUUACCAUUGAAGAAUUGGCGACUGUAAUAAGGUCUUUGGACCAAAACCCCACUGAGGAAGAACUCCAAGACAUGAUCAACGAGAUCGACUCCAAUGGGAACGGCACCAUUGAGUUUUCCGAAUUCUUGAAUCUCAUGGCCAACAAAAUGAAGGAAACUGAUGCAGAGGAAGAGCUUAAAGAAGCGUUCAAAGUGUUUGAUAAGGAUCAAAAUGGCUACAUCUCAGCUGAAGAGCUUCGACACGUGAUGAUCAACCUAGGGGAAAAAUUAACAGAUGAAGAGCUUGAGCAGAUGAUAAGGGAGGCUGAUUUGGAUGGAGAUGGACAAGUUAAUUACGAUGAAUUUGUGAAGAUGAUGCUGGCUAUUGGAUAGAAGAAGAAGAAGAUUGCUUCAUUAUUUGUUAAUCUCAUGCAUGUUUAAUUAGUCUUUGCUUCAAUUGUCUAAUUAAGUUUAAGCAGUUAAACUUAUGUUAAUUACAAGUAGGUGGGCUUGGUUAAGUUAAUCCUUAAAAUGAAAUGAAGGAAUGAAAACAUCCCAACAUUUAAUUGUGAUAAAAUAUACUCCUAUGCAUAAAGGUUUUCAGUUUGUAUGGAUUCUGUAUAAUUUGUUGCUUCUUUAUACUUGUAAUAUCUAUAAAGAUUAAAGGGUAUUUUUAUUGGUUCUUUAUAUUUAACAUGUAUAAAGAGUAUUUGUGUGCAAUUGAUUUUA